CUCAAGUCUUAGAAACUCAAAACUCAAAAACAGUGCCAGAGAGAGGUUACGGAGAUGGAUUCUGAGAUGAUUACAAAAGAUGAAGAAAUGGAGGAAGCAGCACCACAAAAAGCUGAAGAAGAGAAGAAGAGUAUAAUAGUAAUUUUGGUGGGUGCACCUGGUAGUGGAAAGUCUACCUUCUCUGAAGAUGUUAUGAAAACCUCUUCCCGUUCUUGGGUUCGAGUUUGCCAGGAUACUAUUGCAAAUGGCAAAACGGGAACAAAAGCACAGUGCUUAAAGAAAGCAACUGAUGCAUUAAAUGAUGGGAAAAGUGUUUUCAUUGAUAGAUGUAAUCUAGAUCGAGAACAGCGUUCUGAAUUUCUGAAAUUAGGGAGUCCUCAUGUUGAUGUGCACGCUGUGGUGCUCGACCUUCCUGCCCGACUAUGUAUUUCUCGCUCAGUUAAACGUACAGGUCAUGAAGGAAAUUUGCAAGGUGGGAAAGCUGCUGCUGUUGUGAACCGAAUGCUGCAGAAGAAAGAACUUCCUAAAUUGAAUGAAGGGUUCUCUCGAAUCACAUUUUGUCUGAAUGAGAAAGAUGUUGAAGAAGCUGUUAAGACGUAUGGUGCCCUUGGUCCUUUUGAUACACUUCCUUCGGGAUCUUUCGGACAAAAGAACCCAGAUGCUAAAGUCCAACUUGGCAUAAUGAAAUUUAUGAAGAAAGUAGAUCCUCCCAAUAGUUGCUGCAAAGACCCUGUCUCCAAACAAGAAUCUAAGGAAACUAAUCCUUCUAGUAAAGAACAAGAUGUAGUUGCUUUUUCGGCACAAAAUACAGAUAAGAACAUUAAGGCGGAUGGAAACUCGAGAGAGCGCUCUGCCGCUGGUUCUGCCACGACAAAUGAUAUUCCUACUCUGGCGUUUCCAUCCAUUUCAACUGCAGAUUUUCAGUUCAAUCAUGAGAAAGCAUCUGAUAUCAUUAUUCAGAAAGUUGAGGAAUUCUUGGAUAAGAUUGGAAACGGCAGACUUGUUUUGGUAGACUUGACUUCUGGAUCAAGAAUUCUGAAUUUGGUCAAGGUUAAAGCAGAACAGAAAAAUAUUGAUUCUAGCAAGUUUUUCACUUUUGUUGGAGAUAUAACUCAGCUUUACACAAAAGGUGGUUUGCAUUGCAAUGUUAUCGCUAAUGCAGCGAAUUGGCGGUUAAAACCAAGAGGUGGUGGUGUAAAUGCCGCAAUAUUCAAUGCUGCGGGUCCAGCCCUAGAAAUUGCAACCAAGGAAGCAGCUGGAGAUGCUGGAUGUAUUCAACCUGGAAGUGCUUUGACUGUCCCCCUACCUUCAACUUCUCAACUGCACAAAAGAGAAGGGGUAACCCAUGUCAUACAUGUUCUUGGUCCAAAUAUGAAUCCUCAAAGACCAGACUGUCUCAACAAUGACUAUGAUAAAGGAUGUAAAAUUCUCCGCGAGGCUUACUCAUCACUUUUUGAAGGUUUCGCGUCUAUAGUGAGGACUAAAGAAUUCAACAAGGAUCCAUCUAAGACUGUCUCAACGGUUCCUUCUUCACUUAUUGACCAGAGGAGCAAGCGCGAGGGUGUUUUUGAUCUUGACAGUAAUAAGAAGUAUAAAGGACCCAAGGUUGAAGUUGGGGUGGAGAAGAAAUCAGAGUCUACUGAGAAGUUUACUGGUGAUGGGACAGCCAAGAGUUGGGAAUCGUGGGCACAAUCUCUUCACCGCAUAGCCAUGGAUCCAGAAAAAUACAACAAGGACGUGCUCGAGAUAUCAGAUGACGUCGUUGUGUUAAAUGACCUUUACCCUAAAGCUCAAAAGCACCUUCUUGUUGUAGCAAGGAAAGAUGGUCUUGAUCGUCUUACUGACGUAAGAGUGGAACACCUUCCAUUACUAAGGACAAUGCACAAUGCUGGAGUGAAGUGGGCCACAAAAUUAAUUUCUGAUGAACCCUCCUUAGUCUUUCGUCUUGGAUAUCAUUCGGACCCAUCAAUGCGGCAACUGCAUCUCCAUGUUGUCAGCCAAGAUUUCAAUUCAACACAUCUGAAAAACAAGAAACACUGGAAUACAUUUAAUACAGCUUUUUUUCUCGACUCAGUUGAUGUAAUCGAGGAAAUUGAAAAGUGUGGGAAGGCAAAGUUAAACGACAAUGAAAGGCUAAUGUCAGUAGAGCUGCGAUGCAACAAGUGUAGAAGUGCUCACCCAAACAUCCCCCGUCUUAAAUCCCAUAUCAGCCGUUGCCGUGCACCAUUCCCUUCAGAUCUACUCCAAAAUGGUCGUCUUGUAGUCGCACCAAAUGGAUCCGGAGUUGAAGCAUAGGAAUGUAAAGUUUUUCCCUCGCCUUAUUUUGCUGUAUAUAAAGUUGAGGUCGCUUUGGACCAUGUUUAACUUGUUCGAGGAUCAUGUUAUAUUUUGGUUCAGAACAUUUUCUUGGAAGGUCGGGGAACAUGACGGGACAUUUUUCUUGGAGGGAUCAGUUUUUCUUGCAGGUUGAUGGUUGAUAGGGGCAAGAAGCCUGUUGAGUUUGACUGAAUCGAUUAAUACUCCGUCUUUCCACAAUCACUUUUUGAUUUCUAAAGACAAAAAUACAUAUUCUUGUUUGUUAGAAACCUGUCGCAUAUUCUGCCUUGCACGGUCGGCCAUGCAUCUUAUCACACUGCAAAUGAGACGGAAUACGGCAGGGAGAAACAUUAUGAGAUUGUGUGACAUUCAUUUUUUGGAUUUUGUGUUGAUUUUACCGAGUAUUUGUAUGUUUGAAAGCUACUACAUACUAAAUGUGAAUCCUGGUUUACUUUGUAGAAAUAA